AUGUAUAACGCGGCCAUACCCCAUCACCAACCCGCGUCAGGGUUGAACAAUGGGCCUGGAACGUCACAAAGAAGUGGUUAUCCGCCAGUUUCAUUCCAUCCUCAGGGCGGGGCGUAUCCUCGCAAUCCUGCUCCUCGGCAGCAGCAGCAGCCAGUUGAAUAUACGCAGAAUAUGAAUGAGAGUCAAUAUCCACAGCACCACCAGCCAACACAGCCAUUACAACAUCAACAACAACAACAACCCGCGUUUGGGAAGCAAUAUCCACCACAGAAAAUGAGACCCCAAUACCAGGCUGGAUACCAACAACCAGCUCAGAAUUAUGCUCCUAGACAACAGACUCAUCAAUAUCCCCCUCAGCAGCUACCUCAGCAAUAUCCCCCUCAACAACAAUAUCAUCAACAUCCACAGUAUCCCCAGCAUCAGCAGAUUCCUCCACAGCAGUAUCAGCCACAGACCAGAGCUCCUCCCCAGAACUUACAACCUCCGAGUCUCCAGUCGUCUGCCCCUCGACCCGAAAGAUACCUCUCUGGAUCCAGUGCGAUUUCCGGCGAGAUGGACUCGAGCAGAAUCCACUUACUAGAGGAGAAAAUUCAGAAGUUGGAACUGCAAUUGAAGCAAUCGUCGUCUCCCUCUGUCUCGCCUCAGCUUAACCAGUGGCCAAACAGAGAUGUAAGCGAUGCCGACAUGUCCAGCACGUUUCCCACAGAAUUACAAAAUUCCGGGUCUGAAGCAACAAAGAAAGCCGUGACCCAGUAUUCUGGAGACGAAUCUGCUGAAGAGUCUGCUAACAGCAAUGGAUUGCAGUAUUCGCGUUCUAUCUAUCGUUCAAAUUUUGAUAAGGCUGGGUUCAAGUCUAUUCGGAGGACCGAGCCCACUACCAUUGAGCCUAUCAACGAGGCGAUGCGGAACUCAGCGUCAUCUUCCGACACUCUCAACGAAGAACUGGUUGCUUCGACACAAUCCAAUCCGAGCAGACGCGUUAGGAGACGAUUUCCAGAGAAUGAAAUGGUCACACCAAAAAACGACGAAGAUGGGUUGAAUUUUGGUGGGCGUAACACAUCCUCGUCCUCCAACAACGGUGAUACGUUUGUCUCUUCAAGAACUGUUCCAUUACCCGAACUCCCUACAGAUUUCAAGAACCUGCCUGCGAGGUCACCUGCUCCUCGCCAGCAAACUUUGCCCAAGGUGACUCCUGUGACUUCCUUCAACAGAAGCGAGGACAGUCUCCCAAGGGACAGAGAUGUCAGGCCCAGUUUUACGAAGACCUCGUCGCCAGAUGAGCCUUCUAUUAGAACUGGAAGCACUUCGGGUUUGAAGGGAACAGAAUAUGGUGGGGUCAUUCCAUCUGUGGUGCCCAAGAGAAGCUUUGAUAGAAUGGUAUUGGAUUUCAAGGGCGCGAGAAACAGCGCUAUCCAGGACUACAAAUUUUUCACACCCAAGAUACAGUUUGACUGGGCAAGAACCUUGCUGGAGGCUAUCUCUUCUCGCGAUAUGAUGUUGAAGAUGGCUAUUGAUGGGUCCAUUCGCAAGAGACCUGCUUCUGAGAAAGAUCUUCAAACGAUCAAAGAACAGUUCUGUUCUACCGCAGUCAAGGUUUUGAAGAAGGUAGUCGCCGUGGAUAACGGAGAGACUAGGGCUAAGCUGUAUCUUGGAGAUCUUCUAUCUGGAGGUAUCCACCCAGGUCUUGUGGAACGUGAUGAAGUGAAAGGUUAUUCCAUGUUUUACGAAGCAGCCAUCAAUGACAGCGAUCCAGUUGCAAUGUACCGUGUAGGUUGUUGUCUUGAAAUUGGUGUCGGAACUCAGAAAUCCGUGGGAAGGGCCUUGGAGUUCUUCAACAAAGCCUCCGAGCACGGAGAUCCAUCUGCCAUGUGCCAAUUGGGAAUUUUGGAGUUUACAGGCCAAUACGGACGUCCACGUGAUGUGGAGAAAUCCAUCUAUUGGCAUAUCCAAGCUGCUCGGACUCUUUCUAAGACAUCGUUGAUGAGCGAAGAUGUCCUGAUCACUGCUAGAUCAUUCAGUGAUGCCCGCGGAGCUCUAUACACGUUGGCCAAAAUAUAUCAUACUGAUUUGGAUGUUCUUUGUUUGAAUACCAACACCCCCAAUGUCCUGGACACUAUUGACGAUUUGAAAAGGGCAAACGCAUUUAGAAACCAGAUCAAGGCGAUGGAGUAUUAUCUGGAGGCUGCCAGGCUUGGCCACAAAGACUCUCAGGCAUGUCUCGGAUACGUUUUUGCAACCGGAUAUUUGCCUACUCACAGUUUCAGACCGGAUAAGGCUGCUUCCAACGGAUCGCAGAUAGAAUCACCCGACGCAAGGAAGUCGAUUUACUGGUACUCUAAAGCUGCUGAGAAGAAUCACCCUUUGGCCUCCAUGGGACUUGGAAUAUGGUACACUGAUGGUGUUCCAGGAAUCUUGAACAGCGAUCCAGAACAGGGUUUCCUUUGGGUGCGUAAGGGAGCAGAAGCAGGGUGUGCAAAUGCUGAAUUCUUACUGGGAACUUACUACGAGAAUGGACUAGGAACGAUAAAGUCUAUGGAACAGGCUUUGAGAUGGUACAAUCGUGCGGCUUCGCAAGGCUACAGCAAAGCAAUCAAAAGACUUCAGAAGGCCGUCUAA